AACUCUGCCCAAACAAUGAGCCACCUUUGUGCCCCCAGCCUGCAGAAGUGCGUGCUCUGUGUGGGCUGCACGGAGAUCGCUUACAUCUCCAACGUCGAGCAGUUCCCGGCGCGUGGUGCCCGUCUGCGCUGCCAGAACGCCUUCAUGCAGCGCACAGGCAGAACCUCCAAUGUCUGCACCGCCCUGCGGCUGCUGGGCGCACGCGUGGAGCUCUUCGGUGUGCUCAGCCGACUGGGAGCGUUCCGCUUCGUUGUGGAUGAUCUGCGGCGCAGGGACAUUGACUUCGGUCACUGCUCCUGGACGGAGGAGAGUCCGAGCUGCUCCAGCAUCAUACGAGAGCGAGCGACAGGCACGAGCACGGUGCUGCGUUGCGGGAAGCCUUUUCCCCAUGUGACGGCGAAGGAGUUUGCUCAAUUGGAUCUCUCCCUCUAUGGCUGGGUGCACUUCGAGGCGCGGCAUGUCCGCGAAACGGUGCUGAUGAUGCGACGCGUGCAGGACCACAACAAUGGCCGCGCGGAGCAGGAGCGCAUUGUGGUGUCGCUGCUGGUCUACGAUUGCCUCGAGGAUAACUUGGAUCUGCUCAGCCUCUGCGACUUUGUGGUCUUUGGACGACUGUUGGCCCUGCAGGUGGGCUGGAGCUCCGCGCACAACGCCUGCGAGCAGCUGAACAGCGCUCUGAGGACUCCCCGCUCCAUCCACACGCGUCGCCCGUGCAUCAUUUGUCCCUGGGGCAGCCAGGGUGCUGUGUGCAUGGAUGCUCGGGGCAACUUCUACGAGCUGCCCGCGUACAAGCCGCAGAAAAUUGUGGAUCGCAUGGGCGAUGGCGAAUGCUUCACCGCGGGCUUCAUCUAUGCGACUUUUGUGCGUCGCCGACAACUGCCCGAUGCCGUGGACUUUGCCAACCUCGUGGCCAGUCAUAAGAUUGCCAGCGUGGGCUUUGAUGCCAUUGCCAGGCUGCGUAUCAGUCCGAAGAAGCUGCUGCCUGUGCCUGUGGCAGACAGCGAAGUGUCCUCCGAGGAGGAGCAGCUCUCGCACGAGCAGCGACUGUGCAGAAAGUAUCUGAAUCGACCCAUACAGCUGCAGCAGUUGGCUGGGGCAGACGCGCAGUCUGGCACAGAGGCAGAGCCAGAGCCAGAGCCAGAAUCGGAGCCCAUGUCGGAGCAGGCAGUGGAGGCGGCCUGGGAACGUUUGAGUCGAACGGCUUAUUGAGACUUUUGGGAGUUUGUUUUGUUCUU